UCCGGAUUUUAAAACUACAGUCGUGAUGCAUCCCGUUAAAGAAAAACCCCGGAGCCUCUUGGAAAGCUCCCACACUUGGUCACGCCCAAGCGAGAGCUAAACGCCCUGAACAGCGAGCUAAAAAACCAAGGGAAGGUGGCCUCCAUCGAUAGAGAAGCGAACUCAAGAAACAGCAGUAGCAAAGAGAGCGUGAGAUGAUGCAGAGAUUGAAAGGACUGAUAAAUUUAAAGCAAACAAGAAAUGGGUUUCUCUCUUAUCAGAGAAAUUUCUCAGCUUUACCAUACUCUGCUCCAAAUGAUGAUCCCCAAGACCAGGAGGCUCGGUUGAAGAGACUGUAGGAAUCAUGGGAAGAGAACCCUGAUAUUGGAUUUGUCUUAAUGAAGUGAAAUUUGAAGAAUGCAAAACAUAUUUCCAGAAAUUGUAUAAGUUGUAUAAGUUUGUCUACCUACAAGCAACAUAUUUGAAGCCACAUGUGGCCAUCUUGGAUGGUUUCACCGUGGGAUCUGGGGCUGGGAUUGCAGUAGCAGGAAUGUUUCGUGUGGCAACUGAUAAAACUGUGAGUGACUGGUGCUACAGGUUUUUGCUCAUCCAGAGUUUACUGAUCAAAAUACUAGGUGACGACUCUCAUUCUCUUUUUCCAUGGAAAAAAAUAAGAAUUCCUUGUCUCUCCAUAUUUGCCUAGACAGACAACACACCUUGAGGGUGAAUGAUCACCGCGACACAGCACACGUGUGACAUAGAGGCUCAAAUAAGUUUCCACCUGACACGGGGCCUCCUUUUAUCUUUCUUGCCUGCCUGGUUACUUAAGUAACACCAGUUGUCCCUGCUUUUGAGUAUGCAUUGUUUAUUAUAUGUUCUGUUUGAUACUUUUAUUUUCUUAUGAACUGCAUUUUUCUCUCUCAUGAUUGUAUUCUUUGUUUCAGGGAAAUACUUGGCUCUAACAGAAGACAAGCUUAAUGCUGUAGAAAUGAUUGCUUGUGGCCUUGCUUCUCACUAUACGUUACAUGAGAGACUUGAUUUGGUUGAAGAACGCCUUGGUAAAUUGAUCACAGAUGAGGCUACUGUCAUAGAGACUUCUCUUGCACAAUAUGGUGACCUUGUCUAUCCAGAUAAGACAAGCAUCCUGUACAAGUUUGAGACAUUUGAUAAAUGUUUCAGCCACGAUACAGUUGAGGAAAUUGUUGAUGCACUGGAAAAUGAGAAAGCUAGCACUUAUGAUGAAUGGUGUGAAAGAGCCAUCAGCAAAAUAAAAGAAACCGCUCCACUGAGCUUAAAAAUGUGGGACCCUUCAAGAUUAGGAGAAGUAAGCAAAGACAUGGUGGAUAGCUAUUUCUCUCGACUCAGGGAGCUUGAACCAGACUUGGAGCUGCCAACAACAUUGCAGGGAAUGCUGGAUGCAAAUGACUGGGGCCAUUUACAAACAGGAAUGAUGAGGGUCCUUGAAGACACGGGUGAUCUAUUGCCUUCCAUCUUUGCAUUACUUGCCUGCUCUAUUAUUGCAGCAGGAGCUGGAAUUUAGCCUAUUUCAUGUUUUUCUUAGAAUAGGUUCUUACAUAAUUUGUUGUGCAAGCCAUGCCAACAGCAUCUUUCAUGGCCAUUAUUCGAGGCCUUUUUUUUCCGGUUAGCUCAGAUAAAAUUUUGCAGAGGUGAUGGUGCUUCUGCUCUCUUUUUGUCAAGGAUGAUUCAACAAACAGAAGUCCAUUAUGAUUUCAUCAUCGUUUAUGGCCUUUGUUAGGAACAGAAUCUGAUCUGCAUAAUAAUAUAUAUGGCUUGUCUUUAUUCUGGGGGUAUCUGCAACA